AUUGCAUUGAGACAAAUGGUUUAUUUGGUGAUUAAAGAAUUAUCGACUAUAGCAGAAGAUGUGAUUAUGGUCACGAGCAGCUUGAUGAAAGAUAUGCAGCCGAAAAGUGAACUCACAUACCGGGCGAAUGCGAUUAGGGCAUUGUGUAAAAUUAUAGAUGCCUCAAUGCUCCCGAGUGUCGAGCGCUUCUUGAAAGCUGCCAUAGUAGACAAAACACCUUCAAUCUCCUCUGCUGCAUUAGUUUCAUCUUACCAUCUUUUCCCUGCUGGGAAAGACGUGAUAAAACGCUGGGCCAAUGAAGUGCACGAAGCCAUUAACUGUAAACCACCCUCGUUUACGUCUAGUGCAUCGUCUUACUUGACGUCUUUCUCUAGCAAUACAUCCUCGUAUGGCAAUACCGUGUCUACAAGCAACAUCAGUCAGUAUCAUGCACUAGGGCUGGUAUAUUUAAUAAGACAACAUGAUAGGAUGGCUGUGACAAAGCUGAUACAGCAAUUGGCGGGAACCGGAAGAGGUGGUUAUGGGGGAGGAAGUGUUUUGAGGAGUUCGUUUGCUUAUUGUUUGUUGAUAAGAUUCGCUGCCAAGAUCUUGGACGAGGACCCGAA